AUGAGUAGUUUGCCUAGACAAAGACCGACGGUAGAGCCGGUAGGCACGGAAUUAAAUGAAAAUCUUGAAGAAUUCACUGUUAUAUGGCUUGAUGCCAGAAUCGACACUUCAGUAGAUUGUAUUGAUACCAAAAAACAUCUGCAAAGUAUCAUUAAUUAUCUAAAAACAUUUAAUGAUUCUGCCAAAUGUAUUGAUUAUAUUAAAGCUGUGAAAGAAGAAAAAGUGUUUCUUAUUGUAUCUGGUACAUAUGGUGAAAAAGUUGUACCAGACAUUGAAAAUCUUCCACAAAUUCGUGUCGUUUAUGUCUUUUGCCAAAAUGCUGAAAAACACCAAAAAUGGGCAUCAAAACAUCGCAUAGUGCAAGAUAUUUUUACCAACAAAAAAAAACUUUACAAACAAUUGACAGAAGAUGUUCGAUUAUCUGAUGCUAGUUUAUUAUCAAUAGCUAUUCUGAGUCCGGACUCAAAGGAAAAUCAAGUAACUGAUUUAAAUCAGCAAAGUGUAAAAUAUUUAUGGUCGCAAGUACUUAUUGAAGCUCUACUUCGAUUUCCCAAUUCGAAAAAAGCCAAAAGUGAUAUGCUAAAGGAGUGCAGACAACAAUAUUAUGAUAAUAAACGAGAAAUCGAUAUUAUUCAAGAAUUUGAUAAAGAAUAUUACGCAGAAAAUGCUAUUGCGUGGUAUACACGCGAAUGUUUCCUAUAUAAAAUUGUAAACAAAGCUCUACGAACAGAUAACAUCGAUGUUAUUUUCAAGUUUCGUUUUUUUAUAAAAGAUCUCUAUGAAGAAUUAUCAAAAAUGCAUACAAUUUAUAUUAAAUCAGUACCGCCGACCGUAUAUGUUUAUCGUGGCCAGUACAUGACCAUGAAAGAAUUAACUAAACUUAAGGAAAACACUCACGGUCAUAUUUCGAUGAAUACAUUUUUAUCUACUACUGUUGUCUUGUUUGAAAUUGAAAUUGAUUCUACAUUAGCAACAAAACCGUUUGCUAAUAUUAAGAGUAAAAGUUGCCAUAAGGAGGAAAAUGAAGUUUUAAUAGCUAUGGGUUCAACAUUCUCUAUUGAAAAAGUUGAACAAGAUAAACAAGGAAUUUGGAACGUGAAUUUAGUAUGGUCAAACAAGGAGGAUGUAGAGCUACUAACAUACAUGAAAAAGUCCCUUGGUCAAUCGACGAAUUUAGAAACGCUCGGUUCAAUUCUUAUCGAUAUGGGUGAACUUCUCAAAGCGGAGAGAUAUUUCAAACUGUUACUUGAACAAUUACCUGAAAAUCAUCCCUCGAUUGGGAACACAUAUAUUCAAAUGAGUACUAUCGGAUUAAAUCAAAGCAAUAUUGAGAAAGCACUAGAGUACUCAGAAAAAGCAGAGAAGAUUUUUCAAAUGUCUUAUCCUAUGUCACAUCCAUGUUAUGGUUCACUUUAUCUGAAUAUGGGACGAAUACAACUUCUUCAAUGUGAUGUUAUAUCGGCACGAUUGAAUUUAGAAAAAGCAGCAGAGAUGUUUUCGAAAAAUACACCUUCAUAUGACUUACAAUUAGCUGCUGUGUAUAUUCAAUUAGGUAAUAUAUCUACUAUUUGUGGUGAGCAAUCUAAAAUGUUGACUGAACUGAAAAGAGGACUCGAAAUUCAACUCAAAUACUUACCCAAUACUCAUCCAGAUAUCGGGAUAACAUAUAGUUAUUUAGGAGCAGCACAGUUAACGUCAGGCUUAUCUAGAGAUGCGCUUGACAGUUUUACAAAAUCAUGGGAGAUUUUACGCAAAUCACUCUCUCCAUGUCACCCUAAAUAUCUUUUGACAUGUUUUACUUUAUCCCAGUUAUAUGAUGCCAAAAAAGAUGCUGAUAAAAAGAAUUUUUACCUGGACGAACUUUUCGAUAAUUUGUCUGGUAUGAUUGCACAGAAUUUCGGAGAUAUUGAGUUAAUGUCAUUGGCUGCAUCAAUGAAAGACGGUUCAGCUACUAAUCAAGAUAUGAAGAUACUUGAAACUCGUUUUAAAGAAAUGGCUACACCGCUCGAACGUGCUGUUCUUGAAUUUCGGCGAUUUACGGAAGAAUCAGAAGCACUGUUGAAAAAAAACGACUAUGACUCGGCCUUAGAACUGAUCAAUAAAACUUUGCUAUAUUGGCAGCAGAUUAUACCAUCAGGAACUCUUUUUCUAGCUGAAUUACAUUACAAAAAGGCAUACGCAUAUUUCAAGAAGCAAGAUCUAGUUUCAGCAUUAUCCAGUAUUAAUGGUGCAAUAGAAAUUCUGUCAUCAGAUUUCCCACGCUUUUCAAAAUAUCAGCUACUUUUAGGUGAUAUUUAUCGCGAUGAAGGCAACCAGAAAAUGAAACUCAAUGAACUUGAUGCAGCUCUAGUAGCACACACGAAAGCAGUAAAUAUAUAUAUUAGAUACAUACAACCGCCAGUGCACCAGACUAUUUCUAAUGCUUAUUCUACCAUUACAAAGAUUCAUGUCCGAAAACAUCAAUUCGAUUUAGCCAAGGAUAAUUUAUUCAAAGCGCGUAAUUCACUUCCACCAAAUUUAUUAAACUCAAAACAUAAUCUGUACAAUGUCGAGCGGACUGUAGCUUAUUCAAUUUUUAGAAAUAGCAUUAAGGAACUGAUUAACGCAUUCGACAGCGAUGCAUUAGAAGGUUUUCAAAAAGCACUUUCUACUUUUACCCAAGAAAUGUCUUCGCUAAGUUUUGAUAUUGCACGCACCCAUUUCUUCAUUGGAUAUCUAUAUACAAAUAUGGCAAAUACAUCACUAGCCGCAAAUCAUUUUCAUUUUGCGUUAGAGUCUGCAAUACCAAAGCAUCCAAUACGAAAAAUUGCGAAGGAACUUUCUUCAGAAAUUAGGCAACAAACUCUUAAUUUCAUUCUUGCUGAUUUACUUCUGAUUUAUUCAAAGACCUUCGAACCUGAAUAUGUGUCACGGUUACAUGAAAGGACCAUAUUUUAUUGCCAAAAAUAUCCUACAGCAUUAUCUCCCGUAAAACUGGCAACCAUUUAUCUUCGUAUAGGGUCAGUUUAUCAAAAGGCAAAAAAUGAUAACCUUGCUAAAAGCUAUCUCAAUGGUGCUUCUGCUGUCAUGGCACCAGACUCUAAAAGUAUCGAUAAAUCUGAAAAAAUCUACUUUCUGGAGUUAGCUGAAGCUCAAUUUAAAUAUGCUGAUUAUUGCAUGGCUCAAUCUAAUUUUGAAGCAGCAUGCCCACUCUUUCAAAAGUCACUUCAUAUUUAUAAAAUGUUGAUACCCGCUACAGAUCCAAAAAUUAUAAUCAUUUACCGUAAAUUGGCUGGGAUAUAUGCGAGUCGAUUGGAAAUUCCCUUGGCUAUAAGAUGUUUAGAAAAGGUGGUCGCCAACCCAGUAAAUGAAGAGAUGUAUGAAGAAAAGGAAACGUCAAGUGAACUGUCACCAGAGACUACCAAUGCAAAAAUCUUUUUCCAAGGUUCAACUGCCGAUGCAGAAACAGUAACAAAAGUGUUAAAAAAUAUCACGGGUUCAACAGUGAACUUCAGUAUUGUUUCAUACGAACCAAAUAAAUAUACAGCUCGGCCGCACAAGGGGGUUUUAGCGUCGCAUGAAAUAUUAGAAGUAAAUUUCGUUCGUAAUAAACUGCAUGGCGAUAGUGAAGAUGAACAAGAAGAAUCUAAUGGCGAAGAAGAAAAAUAUCAAUUCAAAAUUGAAUGGAUUUUUCAAAAAAGUGACAGUAAACAUUCGACGGCCCCAGCAAGGAUCAAACAUACAAAACUUAAAUGUGAACUCAAACCAUCCUAG